CCAUGUAUGCCAGCACACCAGAUCUUGAGCUGUUUUGGUGCGGAACAGUCGCUAGUGCACUUCGUUUCAGAUGUUUAUCCCGGUAAACCAGUUUAUAAAUGUGGAGAUAUCACUGGCAACGUUGGCAAACUAAACGAUCAUACACGUUGUUAAACUGCUUCUUGAUCUGUAUGUAAAGUGUCCGGUUCCGCACAUAUUGUUACUGCCUUGUAUUUGUGAUCGAGCUCUGCCAACGGCCAGUCAGUUUGAAAGUAACUUCGCAAAAUGGUCCUGGUAGCCUUGCACAAAAACUACCACCACACACAAACACUACUGUUUCUGAACAGAAUUGAGCUGUUUCGCGAUUUUUUUGUAUCUGUUUAUGCGUCUUUCCUGCUGUAAUGAACAUAGUGUAGUCUUUCUGGUUUCUUUUUUCACGAUCAUGUCGGUGUAAAUGCUGACGUGAACGUAUAUUGUCAACACCGCCGCAAGGGUUAAAUCUGCUGCUUUAGCUGUACGGGAAUAUUAUGGCGAGAGUGGGCGGGGCACUCGGGUCGUGGGAGGAGCCCCGCGUCGUAUAACGUAAGCGCGUCCGUAAAUCUGAUUGGCCGGCGCAGGGCUUGGGCGUUUGCUUUGGCCACACAAAACGAGCCUUUACAAUACAGAAGGAGUGAUAGAGAGGAGCCGUUCAGAAGCGAUGAGCGGAGCUCGUUCAUGAUGGCAACCACAGUGUAACGUUUUUAAUCAGCAGUAUCAGCAGAUGCUCCCUGUUGACUUUUAGUUGUUUUUCUUCUGGUCGUAUGAAAGACGCCUAGAGAGGCUGCAGCGUUGCGUUUGCUGUUGAUCUGGAGCUCGACAGGAGGUGUUUUCUCCGCGAUCGAGGAUGCGAUGAGAAAGAGGAAAAAGUAUUGGCUUUGGAAUAAUUCUGCUGGACGGAUGCGUGUGUGUUGCCCCGUUUUGUUGCAUCUAUAGAGAGCAGCGUUAUGGGAGCGCGUAGACUGCAGCCCAUGUGAAACACGGGACGUGUCGUUUAGAAUUAAACCGCAGGGCGCCAGUCAGUACACCUGUCUUUCAAUCAGACUAACAGACUGGAGGAUUUAUUUGCUGAUGCCAACAUCUCCAGAUUGCCUGUAUGGCCGGAUCAUGAAGUUUCUGACGUUUUUCCUUCUGCUUCCAGAGACCCUAAAGAGGACUAGAAAGAGUGGGAAAGAGCCCGGCAAGCUGCCAGCAUGCUAUGAGAUCGUGACUUUGUCCUUGAAGAAGAAGAUGGCUGCAGAACUGUAUCCUGCAAGCAUAAACACCAAUCUGCCAAACAGCAACGGACCAGCAGUAACUGCUGCCAGCAAAAAGAGCAUCGUUCAGGUGACCCAAACAGUGACCACCCCAACAUCCAACACCACUCAGCAGAAUAUCAACAAUAACAACGUCGAGACUGCCACCUGGCAGGCUACUCAUCCAACGCUGCGAGAAAGGAAUGCUUUGAUGUUCAAUAACGAACUCAUGGCUGACGUUCAUUUCAUUGUGGGUCCCCCUGGCGAGUCACAGAAAGUUCCAGCACAUAAGUAUGUAUUGGCAGUGGGGAGUUCGGUGUUCGGUGCCAUGUUUUAUGGGGAUCUAGCUGAAGGCGAAUCGGAGAUUCAUAUUCCUGACGUGGAGCCUGCUGCUUUUUUAAUCCUAUUGAAAUACCUGUACAGUGAUGAGAUUGAACUGGAGGCGGACACAGUGCUGGCCACUCUGUACGCCGCCAAGAAAUAUAUAGUGCCUGCCCUGGCCAAGGCUUGCGUCACCUUCUUGGAGACCAGUCUGGAGGCCAAGAACGCCUGUGUGCUGCUGUCCCAGAGCCGGCUGUUUGAAGAGCCUGAGCUCACCCAGCGCUGCUGGGAGGUUAUUGAUGCUCAGGCUGAGCUGGCUCUCCGCUCUGAAGGCUUCUGUGAAAUUGACCUGCAGACCUUGGAGAUCAUCCUGAAGCGAGAGACUCUAAACACUCGGGAGGCCAUAGUUUUUCAGGCUGUCCUGGACUGGGCCGUGGCCGAAUGCAAAAGGCAAGGACUGGGACCAACGGCUCGCAACAAGAGGGCAGUGCUGGGCAAGGCCCUCUACCUCGUGCGUAUCCCGACCAUGACGCUGCAGGAGUUUGCAGAUGGAGCAGCGCAGUCGGAUGUGCUGACACUGGAAGAGACUCAUGACAUUUUUCUCUGGUACACAGCAGCCAACAAGCCCAAACUGGACUUCCCAUUGACAAAGAGGAAGGGGCUGACGCCACAACGCUGCCACCGCUUCCAGUCCUCUGCUUACCGCAGCAACCAGUGGCGCUACCGCGGACGCUGCGACAGCAUCCAGUUUGCUGUGGACAAGCGGAUCUUCAUCGCGGGACUGGGCCUGUAUGGCUCCAGUGGUGGAAAGGCAGAGUACAGCGUCAAGAUCGAACUGAAGCGCCAAGGAGUGAUCCUGGCCCAGAACCUGACUAAAUUCAUUUCGGAUGGUUCGAGCAGCACCUUCUCUGUGUGGUUCGAGCACCCGGUUCAGGUGGAGCAGGACGCCUUCUACACAGUCAGUGCUGUGUUGGAUGGGAAUGAGCUCAGCUACUUUGGGCAAGAGGGAAUGACAGAAGUGCAGUGUGGGAAGGUGACCUUUCAGUUCCAGUGCUCUUCAGACAGUACAAAUGGCACUGGUGUGCAGGGAGGUCAGAUCCCAGAGCUGGUCUUCUAUGCAUGAAAGGUGUGAGGAUGGCCUUACUGAAGUGCAUUCCGCCCAACUGAAUUUGGAUGCAAUGAACACAUGGAAAGUACAGGGUCCUAAGAGGCUCUUGCCUUGUUUUCAAUGUAGCAGUGGAGGACAAUUGAAUGGCAAAGCCUGUUCUUGCUAAAACAGACUCUUCUCAGACAAAGUAUGAGUGAAGGAAUGCUCCUCUGCUUUAUUUAUUAAAAAAAGAAGUAUAUUUGAUUUAAUUAUUGAUGCUGCGGCAUGCAGAUCUAUAUAAAUAUAUAUAUAUAUAUAUAUAUAUAUAUAAACAAAGAUAUAGAUGUAUUGCACUCCUGGUGGCUCACCACUAGCGUGUUGUGUUUUGUACAUAACCUGAGGCUAAUUUGUUUACAGCUUGAUGCUGACUGACAAAUGAAAUGUCUUGUAUUAGUGUGCAGCUUACUAAACUGCAGAUCAUAAAAGUUUUUGUGACUCAAACUGCAAA